UGCAAUCACACAGUCAGUAUUCAAGAGAUACGAGAGUCAGUUCUAAGCGAGUUCCAGAGUUUUUCCUGCAAUUUUUCAACAAAACAUAAGCGAUGGCGUUGUUACCAUACUUAUUGGAUGAUUUGCGUCCUCAUCGCAUUCGGGACCAGCUCUUCGGUCUGGAUUUGUCUCCGGACGAUUUUCUAGCAGACAUUAUUGAUCGACCAAUUGUGCGCACGAAAUAUGUACGUCCGUGGCGAAACUUGGCAGCUGCCGCUCGCGACGUCGGUUCGACCAUCAAGACUGACAGAGACAAACUCCAGAUCAAUCUGGAUGUUCAACAUUUCACGCCUGAGGAGAUAUCUGUGAAGACUGCGGACGGGUACAUUGUGAUCGAAGGACAACACGAAGAGAAACAAGAUGAGCAUGGUUACGUUACGCGCCAUUUCAAGCGUCGUUAUGCUCUGCCUGAAGGAUGUAAGCCGGAGACAGUGGAAUCUAGACUGUCUUCGGAUGGGGUGUUGACGGUUAUAGCUCCGAAAUCCUCUCAGAGUAAGGACGAGAGAGCUGUUCCUAUUACCCACACCGGUCCGGUUAGAAGAAAGCAGCAUGACGACGACCAGAUCAAUGGCAACGCGGAAGAAGAAACUAAAUCGCCUCAGAAGAAACGAAAACGGUAAACUUCACCAUGGACACAUUUUACCGACUGCGUAUUAGUAAUAAAAGACUGAUUUACAAAAUAAGCAUAAACAAUAGUAAUAAUUAAAAUAUAAG